AUGGCCAUGGAGAACGCCCCAAUGAAAGCUUGGGAACUUACGCUGUAUGAAAUGCAACGCAAACCACAAGAGCCAAUAACUGAUGGCACCAAAAUUGCCGUCAGUCCUCGUAGCCUUCAGUCAGAGCUGAUGUGUCCAAUUUGUCUUGACAUUCUUAAAGUUACCAUGACAACAAAAGAAUGCCUACAUCGUUUUUGCUCUGAUUGCAUUGUCACUGCCUUGAGAAACGGCAAUAAAGAGUGUCCCACGUGUCGCAAGAAACUGGUUUCAAAGCGAUCAUUGAGGCGAGACCCGAAUUUCGACGCACUUAUUGCCAAAAUUUACCCUGGCCGAGAAGAAUACGAGGCGCAUCAGAAUAGGGUGCUGGCCAAACUGAACAAACAGCAAGCCAACGGCAGGGCCUCUGUGCACGAGAACGGACAUCCCCACCACGGCGUUUUCGAUGCCGAUGUUGCACACUACAGAAAUCGACGACAGUUAGAAGCUUUGCGGAUCGGCAACAACGGUGCUGGAGCUGCAACAGACUCCGUUGCUAGCGAAGACGAUGCUGCCUCGAUUGCCGGGAGUUUGAACCAGCGCCUGUCGCGCGUCAAUUCAGACGCCGAGAGCGGAACCAUGGAGACCAAUUCGUUGGGUGGAGCAAUUUCCUUCGAUCUAGGUCACCAUCCUCAGCAAAGUCGACGCGUGCGCUCCUCCAGCGGCAGCACCACUGUUCCCGAGGUGGAGUUGAUGCUGCGUCCACUGCCGCCAGAACACCGCAGGCCUCAGCGCCCAUCUGCGGCGGUCUCGUCGUCGGCUUCUCUCGACGGCAGCGGUGUCGAUUUUCGCAAGUCAGAGGACGGAGGAGGCAACCGCACCGCGGCCUCGAGCCCACGCGGCGCCAGCUCCGAGCUCGGCUCUGACGACUCCCUGCUAACUCCUGCCGUCAAGUACGUCAAGGUGCCGUCAAAUGCGACCGUUGACCACCUCGGAAAGUUUUUAUCGAUUCGAUUCAACGUGCAAAGAUUCAACAAGGAUAUCACGGGUAAGCACGCACUCUCCAUCGUAAUAAUGGUUCCCUACUCCUACGAAGGGUGUACCCUUGUGCAUGCCAAACCGGUCCUUGGUUUAGAUUCAGCCGUCAACUUGGUAACACGAAUGCUGCAAGUACCAGGCCAUUUCGAGAGUCGUCUUCGUGACCACUCGCCAGCGCUGACAGACAACGACCCCAACUUCAGUCUCUUCUAUUACAACGAGACAGCGGACGAGUAUGUCCACCUCCAGCCGAGUUUGACGAUCGAAGAGAUCAGCCGGACGCUUUGGAGUGGACUCAGCAGCCUCAGCCUUUACUACCUUCGCGACCACUCGCUACAACAAUCAUAG